UGUUGUUGCUGUCACUGCAUAAAUUAAAACUGUCAUUUUAAUUCAGGUGACUGUACAUCAGGACUGUUGCCUGGAUCUUUUUUGCUGAGUCAUUAGUCAACUUCUCAAAACUUUAUUAUUCAGCUGUCAAACCAAAGGGACCUGUAGACCUACAGUAAUAUUUCAAGAACUGCUAAGAUCAGAUAAUAAUGAUACAUGAUCCAACAAGAAUGUCAGAGAGGUUUAGGGAAAAGGAGGUGCUAGCAUACUAAGGGCCGAGCAGGGCCAUAAUGAGCAAUAAAAGAAGUGACUUCAGAGGUGAUUUUAACAGCUGAAUAUAAACUCUCUACAUAUAUUUUUUAAGUGAACAAAACCUUCAUGUCUUCAGUGAAGCACAAAGCCAUCUAUAUCUGUUUUGUGAGUCUGAAAUUAGACUUUGUAUAUAUUGAAUUUAUCCAGACCAAACUGUUAAUCACAAAGUCACAGACAUAACUCAGUUAUUAAAAUUCAGCAUGAAGGAAAGUCUCAUGAUGUGUUGGUGUGCCAAGUACCACAACACAAUAAAGUCACAAGUGGCGUAUCAUGAGAUUUUUUAUAAAACACAGCAGCUUUAACAGUGACCAACCAGCUAAAUGCCAAACGCUCUCAAGUCAAAUUGAUGAACUUCACAAGAUGCUUCAGCUGAAUAAGCAGACACAAGCUUGUCUCGACUAUGUUCUGUUAUAUUAAAAAGUUUAUUCUGUAGUUCAAUAUUCAGGCCAUGAACUGCUAUUGUGAAAGGGAAGAAGUGUGUACAGCUGAUAUACAGACCCAGUAAUGCCUCAAAAUCAGGGCUUCCACGACCUCUAGAGGCCACUUUAGAGUAGUGCAUUUUUGAAACGUCAAAUACAUUCUGAUGCAGAUGUUGACUUGAAACUGAUGCAAUAAACGCUCUCAUAAAAAUGUUUCUUUGAUUCCAAUGACAGACACAAGGCACAUGCAUUUGGCUGUAGAGAUUUGUCUUUUAUGGUCUGUGCUGCCCCAUUACUUGGCCAAAACACUUGGACUGUCGAAGCUCAUUAUCAAUCCCUUACUGUCAUGGUUAUAGCAGCACAUUAAACUUGAUCAACUCUUCAUGUGCCCUUGAACUGUUCCUAAAUUAAAAAAGAAUUAUCAAUUUAUAAAUGGCACACAUAUCAGGUGACUUGAACUUACACAUCACUGAGUAGAGGAGAAAAGGCUUCACAUGCUGCUUAAACUAACAGCUGUUUUCAUCCGACAAUAAUCCACUGAUUCAAUCUCUAUAUUGAGUUUAUUCAUUCUAUAAAAUGUCAUCAAUAGUAACACACUCUCGUCCCAUUAACCUUGAGUGGUUCACACUGUUUUAUGUGUCAACCAAAUGCAAUGACUCUCCCAUUAAACCCCAAAAAGGACAAAUAAAUGAUGAUUUGUGGAGAAGCUUCACUCAACAAAAAAAUCUAUUUUUAUAAUCUGUACACUUUAAACUGUAAAUUGAACAUAGUAGCUAUAGUCCCCAAAAUUUUGUUAGUCAUUGCAAAUCCAGGAGCUUCACAUUUAAAGCAGCUCACAACAUACAAACAAUUGAGUGCCACAAUUGUAAUUAUCAAAGUCAAACUAGGGAGGGUUCUUUAUGCAUUGUAUAAUAAUUAUCAAGGGACAAUCUCAAAAUAAAGAAAAAUCAUAAACAGAAAAUAGGUUACAAUAUAUGCUGUAAAUCUUGUGCUGUCUCAGAGAAGUUCUAAACUGAGGAAAAAGGGGGUUUUCUUGGUUGUUUUGCAUCUUCACUUUUAUAACCACAUCAGUUAUAUCCAUUACUACUAAUCAAUGCAACAUUUCUAGUGCCUCCCUUGACAGUUUACACAUAAACAUGUGCAAGGUGGAGUUUAACUCUGACAUGUAUAUUUCUUUUCCUUCAAUGUCUAAGCUCAGUCCUUUCAUCUCUCUGUCUUCAGCAGUCAGUCACAGGAGCCAUCUUUCCAUCCAUCCUUCCACCUCUCAUCUACACGAGAGCAGUCAAACUCAGGUUUUCCCAGCUGAACAUUGACAUCAUUGUGGAUUUGGCAAAACCACUGAGAAAGGGCAUGGCGACUCCUGGUGUCUGGUUGAUUGGUUUUUAAUCUGUGAAGAAGAAAUUGUGCUUUUCAAAAUUGCCUGUUCUUUAUUUUGUACUGUUUCUUGUGCCUAAACCAAAGGUAACAAACAGGUUUUAUGUGGCAACUAAAGAAGCACUGUUUACCAACCUGCUCCUCAGGUCUGUUGCACAUUCAUCACAGGGGAAGAACUUGGAGAAGAGGUUGAUGAACUGCCCCAUCUCUUGCUGCUGUGUAGCUGACGGUUGGUCGGGGUAAUAUGCUGCCAUAGUGUGUAGAAAUGACCAGGUGUUACGGCCCAGCUCUUCCCUGUCCAGUGGACACUGAGGCUCCUGUUGGGGUUCUACCUCUCCAGCUUUGGUCACCUUCAGAUGAAGACAAGACAGAAAACUUUGUCAGUAAGACCUACUAAUUGGGUCAAUUCAAUGGUAUUUUGAUAUAAUCCACAUUAGUUCAUGUUGAUUUUAACAAGACUUACCAGACACAUGUGACUCACAAGGAAACCACAUUAAACAACUAAUUUUGUCAACAACCUGCCAAACUUUUGGAUAACAAUGUAGGGUGAUGAUACUCAGUUUUAUAGAAACAUCACUCAAGAUGUUUGUUGAGUAACUGUAUGAGCACAGGUGUGACUCAGUUAAUAAAAUCAAAGCAAUGCUGAUAUUCAGUAUGUUAGCACAUCCUUCUGUGACAUUGUUUUUGUAAAUAAUUCUGGGGGAUAUAACGGAGUAACAGUUACAGAUAGGCAGAGAUUCGUUAUUCUUUCCUUAUAGAGUGACCUUUUUAGCCCCUAAAACCCACAGGACUGUUGCCAAGUCAAACAUCAACAUUUUCUUGCACACUUGCAACAAAAUGUAGAUUUCAUUACAAAUAAGCAUGUCAACGGCUAUGAAGCCAAAGAUUAAAUUUACAAAGUAAUUCAAUAGGUAGAUACAAAAAAGGCGGAGUGCGCUUAUAGUUAAAACUCCCACUGCUGUUUUAUUUAAGAGAGCACGUUAGUCAAGUUAAACCUGAGGUUUGGAGCCAGCUGUUGUGUGAUCCGAAAUCAACCCCAUUUUGUGGCGCCGAACUGCGCGGCUGUAAACAAAACCUUGACCUCAUGUCACCUGUAUAUUAGCUUGUCUCUUUUGGACCUUCAUCCAGGAUUUAAAGUCCGUACAAGCUCUGCAAGGCUUCCUUUUCGCUUCUCCGGUUUGCUCCUGGUCUUUACCAGGGCUGUCCUCAGGUUUACUCCCGACAACCGCAAACGGAAACCCUUCAAACCCGGGAGAACUAGAGGCUGAUGAUCCUCUCGGUCCUGUGGGUGCAGCCAUGUUCGUUAUUAUCUAAUAACUGUCCGACGUGCAGUGACGUGUCCAUGGGAAUGAUGUGAAAAUGCAGUAGUUGACUCCGACAAGACACAUGAUCGCCUUUUAAAUAUUUUAAAUAUCUAACUCUAUCCCGCAGGUAGACUCAUAGCCGAACUACACACUUCCCCAUUGAACAGAGUUACAUGAGGCGGAAUUCGUGUAGCAGUGCGUUUCCUUCUUUCCGCCGGACUUUUCAAGGACAUGGAACUGUUUCCGGGUUGUGACGUCAGUUUGUGUUUAUCUUUUUGCAGUGGAGUCGAUCUCCAGGUGUGUGUGAGUUUCUGUCGGGUUUAAACCUUUUCACUGUCGCAGCCCGUGGAAGUAGCCAAACGUGUUUGGCUGUCUGUGUUGUUCAUUCGAUGUGUUUACUGUGUAUUUGGAUGGUCUGAGAUCAGGUAGUGUGGCUCCGGAUCGGCCCUUGCUGCACGGAGCUGCAGGUUGAUAACGGUCUCAAGUGCUGCUAAAGUCUCCGUAGUUUACCCUGCAUGUGGACUAGAUUAUUCUUACACUGACUGGAUAGUCGUGGCACCCAUAUUUUACAGUGAUUUAACCCAGAAACAGGUAUCAUUUGUGGAGAGUUGUCCAGGGGUGAUGCUACACCUCAGUAAAUCAUCCCUUACAUAUUUGCAAUAUGGAAGUGAUGCUCUGUGAAAGGAUGAGUUUCCUUUACUAAGGUCUUUCUUGAAAAAAUGAGUUUAGCGAUGCAUUGUUUGGUAAGAGUUAGGCAUGGUAUUGGCCAAGGGAUACUUAUCUUUUGUCAAUUUUUCCAAAUGAGGGGCCCCAUGGAAAACACACAGUUGUACUAAUUUGAUAGUAAGGGAAGCACAAACUAGAUGUUCCAAAACUGCCUCUUAUCAGUCAUCUUCCUCUGCAGUCUGGAUUGCCUCUUGUGUUUGUCAUAUUUGGAACAGUUUAUUGUUGGUUAUUUCUAGGAUUUAUUUUUCUUUAUCAAUGCACCAGUUUUUACUGUUUUUCUAUGACUUAAAGUGAUGUCUGCAUAACAGUUAAGGUUUUGGAAAUAUCAUGCACCUCAUUGUUUUUAAUACUGUCUGUCAGUACUGAUCGGAGGAUUAUGCUAAUUCCAAGCAAAAAGGCUACAACAACAGCCUUAGGGCUGAGGCACCAAAGGUGGAAGACUGGAAUAGCAUCAUACAUAAUAUCUACAUUAUCCUGACCUUCUCUCUCAGGCUAGAGCAAGGCAAAUUUGAGGUUGUGUGGAAAACUGGAUUGAGUUUAUAGCGCCAAUUAGACCUGAUUUUGAUAGAAUAUAAUAUAGACAAAAAAAAAUGUACCUCUUGAAGAUACCCUUUGUUAAAAUUAUUAUAUGUUCCUGUACUUUUGUUCCUUUGUGUUAGAACUUUUUUAAAUUAUUUUUUAUUUAUGUUUUUUCUCAACUAUUGGCUCCUACCUUGUAUUUUUAUUUUGUGUAAUAAAAAUGUUGGUUAAAAGAGAGAUGAAAAGAGGAGUGUGGGCAAAGUUUGAAUGUUGCGUAUGAAACUUGUCUUAAUAAAAAGAGAAUUAAAACAAAAAGGAAGUUGGAUAACAUAAAGAGUGUGAUACAACAUUCUGUUUAAAAAUAUUUUUUUCCUGCAUAGUAAACAGGAAACACAUCCCCACAUGAACAAUCCUUGGCCCAGUUUCUGAAAUUUUUCCAGUCAGUACAUUAUUACAUUACUGUGUUAAAUGUUCUCAUUAAGCUCCAGAAUCAAAUCAACUGAAUCUGUUUUUGAUCUCUCUGUGACAGUCUCUGUCCCGACUGCUGAAUCUAAACAUCAGGAUUGGGAAGACAAGCAAAGAGGCAGCUGCCAGUGAUGCAGCAAGCCUGGUGAACAAAAUGUCUGAAAGCCCGGAGAAAAGUGUGUCGGUGUCAGCUCAGGAGCUGAAGGAGCAGGGAAACCGCCUCUUUCUGAGCCGCAAGUAUCUGGAGGCUGCAGCCUGUUACAGCAAAGCCAUAGUGAGAACCCUUAGUAUCAUUCUCAUCACAGAAUCCAUGCAACAUCCAAGUGCUGUUUUUCAAGACAUCAACAUUUGACAUCAGUUUUAAUGCUGUGUUUUUAUCCUAACAGUUCAUUUUUUGAACGUCUCUUCUUUUUCAGGCCCACAGUCCCUCUGUGCCUGCAUACUACACUAACAAAGCAUUGUGCUAUGUAAAGCUACAGCAGUAUGACAAAGCUCUGGCAGACUGCAGACAGGCUCUAGAGCUGGAUAGUCAGUUAGUCAAAGCUUACUUCUUCAUGGGCCAGUGUCACCUGGAGAUGGAGAAUUAUGAUGAAGCCAUCGGUAACCUACAGAGAGGUACAAGAGAUCCUACUUAUCAGGAUAUUAAAAUCUAAAGGUUAAUUUUUUGUUCUUGAUCAAACGCCCUUUGGUUCCUUCAAAAUAGUGUAGUUUGGGGGUGUUGGUUGGCCUAGCUGUGUAGGUGUGUGCUGCAUAUACACAGGCCAUCAACCUCGUUGCUGCAAUCACUCCCAGAAAAAAGCCUUUGCGGCAUGUCUUCCCCAUGCUCUUUUCUCCCCACAUGUGCUAUCAUUCUUCAGUUGACCUACCAGCAAAGGCAAAAAUGCCCCUGACCACUCAUAAAAUAAUAACCCAUAAAACUGGUGUUGUUUUAAAUAGAAGACUCUGUGACGAUAUCAGAACAUCGUGUUUUCUCUUUGCAGAACAUAUUUCAAAACAUCAGGUUAAAGAAACAACUAGAGAAAAUAAAAGUGUCUCCUUGGAAAAUGGUCAAAGCAGGAAACAGGGGAGAGAGCAGGAAGAAAGGGGCCACUCUGUGGAAUUGGAUUUGGGCUGCUUUUGCAGACCUAGAUAUCAACUUUUUAACUGGGUUGUAUCUGCAAACCAUACAGUGUUAUAUCUUUUUGGGGUGUUUUUCAAUCAUCUUGUGAUUGUUUAAAACUAGCUUGUUUCUUGUCCUUGUUGCAUGAGGGUAGAAAUUGCUGAAUAACAAAAAAAAGCUUAAAAAAAUCAGGAAUAUUUGCAACCUCUAAAGUUCUUAAGCUGUCUUCUUCCAAAUUCUGUUAAGUUAAUUUCAUUGUUAUUUUUCUUAGCCUAUAACUUGGCAAAGGAGCAGCGGCUGAACUUUGGUGACGACAUCCCCAGCGCUCUGCGGAUAGCGAAAAAGAAACGCUGGAACAGUCUGGAGGACAAAAGGAUCAAUCAGGAGAGCGAGCUCCAUGCCUACCUUACCAAACUCAUCCUGGCUGAGAAAAAAAGGCAGGUUAUAUACAUCAGUGUCAGUGCCAGAAAGAAUAUGUCACCCUGAGUAAGACUUUCGUCUUUGUUUUUGCCUUUCAUUAAAUCUGUGCGCUGCAUUUGACAGGGAACUGGAGGGCUGCAAACUGAAACAAGAGGACAAAUCAGACAACAGCAGAAUUCCGCAAGAUGUGAAGGAGAUCCACACAAAACAUGUAGGUUAUUUUUCUGGAUUUAUCAUGAGCAUUACUGAGUAAUACUCAUUCUCAAAACAUUUAAGUUUGGAAAUGAGAAAGAGGGGAAGAAGUUUCUCAUGUUCAGCUACUUAAAGGGGACCUGCCAUCAAAAUUUCAUACCCAUUUUUAUCAUUUUUUCAUAAUCCUUGAUUUCCUCUGAUCAUGUUUGCAACAUAAUUUUAGCUGAAAAGUUAUUUGAUGGUUUGUUGUAGUAUGCCUAAAAAACCUUACAGGAAAACCAACUGAUUUUGGCUUAUUAACAUUUAUGGUAAUGAGCUUUGCUCUGAUUGGAUCGCUGCUGUGAAGCCUGCUGUGCUCUGAUUGGCUCAGCAGUGGAGGUUCAGAUUUUGGUUUAUCCAUUUUGCUAAUGUGUGCUAAAGUAAGGUGUCCAGAUGUCUGUAAUGAUAUCCAGGGAUAUUCGGUGCGGUGGCGGCAGGGUGGGUGCAGGGGUCGCAGGGGCUGCGUGAUCACAGACAAAGUCUCGGUACUAUUUAGUAGCAGCGCAUGCCCCUUGUAAUAACCCCCGUAAGAACUGUUGUUCAGGACUGCUUACUUGUGCUUCCUACCCAUUUGGCUACUUUAAUAACCGUUGUUCAAGCCUACACGCAACAUUUUUGCUCUCAUUCAUGAAACGCUUAAAUCAGGGACAUUUUCGGGGACAGCUUUUGCCGGGGACAGGUCAUCCAAUACGGGGACUGUCCCCGGAAAUCGGGGACAUCUGGUCACCUUAUGCUAAAGGCUAAAAAUGGCAGGUAUUAAACCAUAUAUUUUAGACCCCGUGUCCGAAGAGAGGGUGGAAGUUGAAGAAGAAGCCAGGGAUCUCCAGUGGUGUUUUCAUUCAUUCUGCCCAGCUUUAAGUUCAUUUUCCCGGCAGUGAACCCAAGGAAACACCAGUCGUUUGGAAAAGACCCAUAGCGGAUACAGUGGUAGCUGGGUCUCACUCUGGCUUGAGACUGAUGUUUACUGUGAAUGAGUACGAGAACAAGAGAGUGGGCGCGGCUCACCGAGGACACGCUCGUGAAUAAUAAUGAGCAAGGUCGGCGUGACGUCAGAAGGACCUGCUUUUUCAAUUGGCCUGGUUUACCCGUUUCUUUAUUUUAAACCUUUACAGAAUGCAAACAACGCAACGGUUUGUUUUCACAUUUACAACAUAAGACGAACAUAAUAUGGACCUUAUCUGACACAAAAACACACAAAAUUACAUUUUUGAUGGCAGGUCCCCUUUAAACUGAUAAUCUGUAACCUAGAAGUCUUUUUCUUGCAGGACAAGUUUCUUUCAGACAUGGAAGAAUUGUUCUGUCAGGUAGACGAGAAGAGGAAGGUCAGUGCCUGUAACUCUUUAUCCAAAUUGAUCAACAUAUAUUUACCUGAAGAUGAUAACAAAUAAAGCAAAAGUGAUUUCUGAUCUCAAAAGAAAACCUUUUGUGUGUUCAAUAGAAGCGUGAGAUCCCAGACUUUCUGUGUGGAAAGAUCAGCUUUGAGUUAAUGAGAGAGCCCUGCAUCACUCCUAGUGGGGUCACCUACGACAGAAAAGAUAUUGAAGAGCACCUGCAGGUAAAAAAAUCCUUUACAGAUGUACAAAGAGAUUGCUCAGAGUGGCUGUUUAUUAUAAAAUCAAGCUCAGUAUGAAGUCAGUCUUCAACACUGAGGUGAAAGAACACAUCACAAGUGGACAACGUGACAUCUGUCCAAAAGUGAGGCAAAACUGCAAACAACCACGCACACCCUGGGAUGGAUGGAAGGAUGGAUUGAUAGAAGGUUGGACAGAUGUAGUGAUAACAAAUGGAUGGAUUGAGUUUAGAAAUGCAUUGUUUGGUAAGAGUUAGGCAUGGUAUUGGCCAAGGGAUACUUAUCUUUUGUCAAUUUUUCCAAAUGAGGGGCCCCAUGGAAAACACACAUUUGUACUAAUUUGAUAGUAAGGGAAGCACAAACUAGAUGUUCCAAAACUGCCUCUUAUCAGUCAUCUUCCUCUGCAGUCUGGAUUGCCUCUUGUGUUUGUCAUAUUUGGAACAGUUUAUUGUUGGUUAUUUCUGGGAUUUAUUUUUCUUUAUCAAUGCACCAGUUUUUACUGUUUUUCUAUGACUUAGAGUGAUGUCUGCAUAACAGUUAAGGUUUUGGAAAUAUCAUGCACCUCAUUGUUUUUAAUACUGUCCGUCAGUACUGAUCGGAGGAUUAUGCUAAUUCCAAGCAAAAAGGCUACAACAACAGCCUUAGGGCUGAGGCACCAAAGGUGGAAGACUGGUAUAGCAUCAUGCAUAAUAUCUACAUUAUGGAUAAACUGACCUUCUCUCUCAGGCUAGAGCAAGGCAAAUUUGAGGUUGUGUGGAAAACUGGAUUGAGUUUAUAGCGCCAAUUAGACCUGAUUUUGAUAGAAUAUAAUAUAGACAAAAAAAAAUGUACCUCUUGAAGAUACCCUUUGUUAAAAUUAUUAUAUGUUCCUGUACUUUUGUUCCUUUGUGUUAGAACUUUUUUAAAUUAUUUUUUAUUUAUGUUUUUUCUCAACUAUUGGCUCCUACCUUGUAUUUUUAUUUUGUGUAAUAAAAUGUUAGUUAAAAGAGAGAUGAAAAGAGGAGUGUGGGCAAAGUUUGAAUGUUACAUGUAUGAAACUUGUCUUAAUAAAAAGAGAAUUAAAACAAAAAGGAAGUUGGAUAACAUAAAGAGUGUGAUACAACAUUCUGUUUAAAAAUAAAAUAUUUUUUUCCUGCAUAGUAAACAGGAAACACAUCCCCACAUGAACAAUCCUUGGCCCAGUUUCUGAAAUUUUUCCAGUCAGUACAUUAUUACAUUACUGUGUUAAAUGUUCUCAUUAAGCUCCAGAAUCAAAUCAACUGAAUCUUCCUAGAAGGUUAUUUGAAUGUAUGUAUGUACGGAUGGAUGGAUGGAUGGAAGGAUAUCAGGUCAUAAGGCCUGUCUCCUAUUUUAACAGAUGGGUCAUGUAACAAACUUUAAAGUCAGAAGUGAUAUCCAAUAGAUUUAUCUCAAGCCUGGUUUUUGUCUUUAAAGUUAGUUCUUAUCAUAUUGAUCUAUCUGAUCUGUCUUCCAGCGUGUUGGCCAUUUCGACCCAGUGACACGCACCCCUCUGACCCAAGACCAGCUCAUACCAAACCUUGCCAUGAAGGAGGUCAUUGAUGCUUUUAUCAUGGAGAAUGGAUGGGUGGAGGACUACUGACCUAUGAAAGGAAGCAGCUCAAUCCAAAUCAUGCUGGAAGUUUAGCUUUCUGUCUUAAUAUUUAACUGCCCUGCUUGUUUUCAGGUCACGUGUGAUGCCAUGAUGCCAUAACAGUGUGUCCCAAUCCCAUUUUUUGUACCUUUUUGAGCUGGUGUGCACGCUUACUCAUACUCCACAUGGCUGACAUGAUUUAAGUCCGUGAGGUUAUUGCUCAGGCUGCAUAAUGGAGCUUGGAUUGUGGUGAUGUGCUGUGUGAGAGGGGCUGUUGUUCUGUCAUCAGAUUAAAAAAAAGAAAAAGCUAAAUAAAACAAAUGGGCUGAGCGAUGCUCUUUGAAAUGUGUGUAAAAUCAGCAGCAUGGGAAUGUCCGAAUGCUAGAAAAUAUACACUGAUUCUCCAGGUCAGUGAAAACAGCCAAGCACUUUAGACUGAAAUGUAACAGCUGAGAUAAAAAUUGAGCAUCAAAAAAUUAAAGCUCCUGUGAGGAACUUGCUGUAUGUGUCAUUUUGGCGCUCCCGGUGCACGCAGCUGUAUUUUCUGUGCUUGUCAUCCACAUUUUCAAGUGUCUUCUGACAGCCACAUGUUUUAUUAGUGGUGAAUUUUUAAUGUGGGAAAUGUAAGAACAGGGCUGCAUCUCUCUCAGCUGACACAUUACUGCAUCAAAAUGAUCAGUCUUAUCCCUGAUGAUCUUGUUUGCUGUUGGUCAUAAAAAUGUCUACAUGAAUUUGGGUCUAUUUUAUUAAAGCCAGAAAAUUCCUAACAGGCACUUUAAAUUCUUUCCCUAAAUCUCCUGUGUGGAACUUCCUGCUUGUGUUUGUUUUGGUUCCUCCCUGUGGACAGAGUUGUACCUCUUGGUUCUGAUACUGUCUUUGACAGUCAAACAUAUUUAAUGUUGUUAUUCUUGACUAAAGAAAAUGUAAAAAAAAAAAAAAAAAGGCAGAUUUGGCAGGGUGUUCAUUGCAUUACCAGAAACAAACCCUACUGCUGUAUUAACUAGUGUUAAAGAAAAUGCAAGAAGAGAUCCUAGUGAUAAAUUUGUCCCAUUUGUCACCACCCAACAACCCCCACAGGAGCUUUAAUUUUGUGUAACUAAAACAGAAUCCCUGGAUGACUUAAAGAUUAUUGAACCACUAGAACCAGCCCUAAAAAUGUCCCCCAAAACUGCAAUUGACAGUCUUCUCCCUUUUCUUUGUUGUAAAUAUGUGAAUAUGCUUGGCACAUCUUGUCUGCUCCACAGUAGUCUGUUCUCAGUAGCCGAUAAUUCAAUCUUUGAAGAUGGGGCAAAGAGAAAUAUAAACAAGUCUUUCCUUAUCUUUUUGUUCUUAUUGUUGGAUUUUUCACAUAUGUAUUAUUUUCAAACAAAAAGGAACCUGAUUUUUUCAAAUAACAUUGAUUUCCUCAGGUUUCUGAUUUGUAUUUAUCGAAAAUAACCGAGGCCUGAGACUGACGGAGUGAGAUUAUAGUUUGAUAAUCUGAUAGAAAGUCACUGUAUUCAGUAUGGACAGCAGAUGCAGCUCAGUAAGAUUGGUAAUUAAAUAUUGUGUUUGCUUUUCAUCCUUUCAAGAUAAGAUGAUGAAAAACUACCUGCACAGAUCAGGGUCAGAGGAUUUCAUUUGAGGAUUUCAGGCUCAGCAGUUUUGCUUUCUUGUUAGUGUUUUGUGUCGUUUUGAAGUAUUGUUAAUCAGUUGAUGUAGUAAUACAGCUGCAGCUUUUACAGUGUUUGACUAUCAGUUUAUGUAUCAGAGCCGCACUGCUGGAGCUGCUCUUCAUUCCAAGUCUUACUGUGGGCAAGUAUUGUGUUUGCUGGCAAACUAAAAGGUAGGAAAUUAUAGGGCUGUAGCUGGGUGAAAAGGUCGGCUGUUAAAACGACUUCUUCUUCCUCAGUGGCCCACAGUUAAAGUUCUCUGUGCAGACAAACUUUAUUUUGUUUGUUCUGUUAAGGUUUGUACAUCUUAGUAAUCAACAGUUGUGAUCAUAAAUCUAGCAUCAGUUACAGCUUAAUUCCCUUACUACUUUUAGCUGGUUAUGCUGAAUAUUAUGUUACAAUCUAGCUUUGACUAUCAAAAGUGAAUUUCUGAUUUUCUGUUGUAAUGUUGGCCAAAGGAAGCUUUAUUUUCUUUACUUGAUUUCAGCCAAACAAGAACAUUUUGAAUAAUCAACCUGUUGCACUGUAGAAAGUAAAUCAAAGAAAUGUGACGAAAUAAAUGUUCUUUGUUUCCAAUA